GCGGUCCAACAGAUUUUGGACGAAGAAUCCAUCACGACUGACACUUGGAGCACGAGCCGAAAUGGACAAUUCUUCAAAGUGAGUAACUAUUCGAGCAAUUCCUUCUGGCGUGUAGACAAUCGAAUUAUGUAUUUUAUUGUCGGAACCUGGACAACCCUUUUUGAUUUCUUACUCGCAGUCGAAUUCUCCGUGGUUGGAGAGGACAAAAUAGAGUCAAUCUUAGAUCGCCUAGCUUUUUUCAAUGUCGGUAAAACGGUGGAUUCCUCAAUAAUGGUAAUCGAGCCCACAGCUUUUCUACGAAAAAGAGAAAGACCACCCAAGACUGGACAUGUAUCUCAAGUUGGAAUUCAAGAAUUCCUUCGUUCCUUGAAGUCACGCCUCUGUGUGGCCCAGGUAUACAACGAAAUCAAGCAACGCGGGAGGUUUGAUAUGAACUACCUUUGUAACCUGAUCUGCGCAGCUGUUGUUGCUGACAUCGCCUUGGUUACCAAUUCGGCUGGAGUGGUUUUCGCCAGUAUGCUGUUGUCCCCACUGAUGGUUUUCCGACACAGGAGGCCUUCUACUAUCCACUUCGAACUAUACUAUCGUUCAGCUGUAGCACCCUUCCGGUGCCUAACUGCCAUGCCACCCGAAGGUUGCACGAGGGCUGGGAUACUGCCAGGUUGUCAAAGCCUGGACAGGGGAAGUCGAGAGGCAGCGCUCGGGUUCGAACUACGGACCUACGGACCUUCGGAUCCAAUUAUGUGUAUCCUCUUUGGACUGACUCUACGUGAACCACACAUGUUAAGGACCGGUGCUCGUAACACGGCCAUCUCACUGCUAUUUUGUGUAUUACUAGUAGGAAAAUGUGAACUCAAGCAGAGUGACAGAAACUACAUUUACCGCAGUUUCCUGCACUUACUUGGCAAUCUGGACCAUUCUUACAGUUUGGCUGGCGAACCACUUGCCAUUCAAAGCUCUGGGAGAUUCGAUAACAAUCAGCAUGACCAACUGAGUUUUCAUUGCCUAUCAAGAAAUUUGAUACCAAGUUUGUCAGAUAUCCAAAAAGCAAACUGUUCAGUGCUUUCUAUAUAG